ACGUCCCCACCCCACAUGUGCCCCCAGGUGUGGUCCCACUACGAGGAGACCCCGGUGGAGGAGGUGGUGCCGGUGCUGGAGGAGAAGGAGCGCACGGCCAACUACAAACCCGUGUUCGUCACCGAGAUCACCGACGACCUCCACUUCUACGUGCAGGACGUGGAGACGGGUGCCCAGCUGGAGAAGCUGAUGGAGAACAUGCGGGCCGAGGUGGGCGCCCACCCGCCCGUGGAGGGGUCGUACUCCCCGCGCCGAGGGGACUUCUGCAUCGCCAAGUUCGUCGAUGGGGAAUGGUACCGGGCCCGGGUGGAGAAGGUGGAGUCGGGCGGCAAAGUUCACAUCUUCUACAUUGACUACGGCAACGUGA